UGUGAGUGUACUUGUUUCAGUCUGGCUGCAUUCAGUAACCCAGGCUAAUCCAGGACUGGGAGGGAGGCAGCAGGAUGGAGUGCAGUGAACGUGUCUGUGCUUCAUUCACUCAGAGCUGAAUCAGGUUCAGCACUGCUGUGAGUAAAACAUGUAGCUGAACCAGAUUUUGGAGACUCCACCACCAGCAGAAUGACAUGAUAAACUGAACAGGACAAACUGGUUCAGAACAGAGCGAGAGACUCUGAGCAGGUCAUCGUUUUACAGAGAGAGAGGAAUGAAAUCUAAUUCAGAGGAAACGCAUUAAACCAAUUAGAAGAUGGAAGCGUCCUCCUCAGCUCACACCGGUCCUGUUCAGACCAGCAUGACCGCUCAGACAGGAGGAACCGUCUGCGCUCCUGUUCUCCAUGGAAACAAUAUUCAAGGCUCUGACUGUGACCAUUAUUCAGGGAGGUCAGGAAGGUUCAAGUUCCAGCACCAGUACUGUUCAGGCAGGAGGUUCUCCUUCUGCUCCUGCUCUCACUGAAGAUUUGGUCAGUGUUUACAAACAAAAACUGGAGAAGAAAUUCUGCAGCUUUAAUGAAGGAAUCUCACAGCUUGGAACCCUUCUGAAUGAGAUCUACACAGAGCUCUACAUCACAGAGGGAGGGAGUGGAGAGGUCAAUGAUGAACAUAAGGUCAGACAGAUUGAGGCAGCAUCCAGGAGACCAGCAACACAGGAGAAACCCAUCAAAUGCAGUGACCUCUUUAAAGACAGACCCAUCAGAACUGUGCUGACUAAAGGAGUUGCUGGAAUUGGAAAAACAGUCUCAGUGCAGAAGUUCAUUCUGGACUGGGCUGAAGGAAAAGCAAACCAGGACAUCCUCUUCAUAUUUCCACUUCCUUUUAGGGAGCUGAAUCUGAUAAAGAUAAAGUUCAGUCUGAUGGAGCUUCUUCACCAAUUUUUCCCUGAAAUAAAGGAACUAAGAUCAAUAGACUAUGAUGCUCACAAAGUCUUGUUCAUCUUUGAUGGUCUGGACGAGUGUCGACUUCCUCUAGAUUUCCAGAACAAUGAGAGACCGUGGGAUGUAACAGAUUCAGCCUCAGUGGAUGUGCUGCUGACAAACCUCAUCAAGGGGAACCUGCUUCCCUCUGCUCUCCUCUGGAUAACCUCUCGACCAGCAGCAGCCAAUCAGAUCCCUCCUGAGUGUGUUGACCUGGUAACAGAGGUACGAGGGUUCAGUGACCCUCAGAAAGAGGAGUACUUCAGGAAGAGAAUCAGUGACCAGAGCCUGGCCAAUAAAAUCAUCUCACACAUGAAGUCCUCAAGAAGCCUCUACAUCAUGUGCCACAUCCCAGUCUUCUGCUGGAUUGCAGCCACUGUUCUAGAGAGAGUGUUGGGUGGAGCAGAGAGUGGAGAGAUCCCCAAGACUCUGACUCAGAUGUUCUCCCACUUUCUGAUCUUUCAGAUCAAACACAAGGACCAAACGUACCAUGGAAAAUGUGACCCUGAUCUUCAGCAGACCAGAGAGAUGAUUCUUUCACUGGGAAAACUGGCUUUCCAACAGCUGGAAAAGGGCAAUCUGAUCUUCUAUGAGGAAGACCUGAGAGAGUGUGGCAUUGAUGUCAGGGCUGAUGUGUGACAGAAGGAGAGCAGCAAGAGUGAAAGGGAAGGUUUACAAGACAGUAGUGCGUCCUGCUAUGAUGUAUGGUUUGGAGACUGUGGCUCUAUUUAAAAGACAGGAGGCU